AUGAACUUCGACGUGAUCACGGACCACAAACCCGUGGUCACAUUGUACAACAACCCGAAGCGACAAGGUCCAGCACGAGUAGAGCGCCACCGGCUGAAACUUCAGGCGUACCGUUUUACAGUAAAGUACGAGAAAGGCACAUCCAACCCCGCGGACUUCAACAGUCGACACCCCCUGCAGAUGACGCACGCAGACGAAGAAGAAGGAAUCGAGGAGACACAGUUCGUGAACGCAAUCGUCAGCAACAAUGUUCCGGAUGCGCUGACGGAACACAUUAUACAGAAAGCCACUAAUGAAGACACAACGCUCUCGAGACUCAAGUAUUGCAUCCUGAAGACCGGAUACAUCCCAGAGACUGCCAAGGACCUAGCGGCUUAUCGAGCUGUCUUUGGAGAAUUGAGUGUAGCAAAUCAAGUCGUCCUACGUGGAACUAGGAUAGUGCUGCCACAAAGCCUUCAACCAACAGUGAUCGAACUAGCCCACUAA